UAUUCCUAUAGGAUGACGCCAUGCCUGGGCGUUAAACUCCUGAUUCACAGUGAAAGUCUGUAGAACUGAAAGACYUGAAGGUACGGAACUAACARAGACACCAGCAGAGGGCGCCAUGUCUGCUGCAGACAGGAUGAAGGUGCUCCUCUUCCUGGCCUUGUUCUCUGGAGCGUCUGGAGCGUUGUUCACGCUGCUCUGCUGCGGGACGGAGUACUGGCUGCUGGCCGCCGAGUCCUGCAGCCGGACCCGAGAGGAGGGAGACAGGAAGAGGAACACCUUAAAGCCUGAGGACAGGGUGACGAUGUUCCACCAGGGUCUGUUCUGGCGCUGCUUUUUCACUGCUACCUCCUCUGAUUUCUCCAUCCUGGACUUCUGGAUCACGGGUCGGCCUGAGCCAAAGACCUGUCAGCCUGCCUUCCUCUUCCCGUUUCCUGCAUCCCACCCAGCCUGGACCGGCUUCCCCUCAGAGCCGUACCAACCUGCCUCCGCCAUCGUCUUCAGAACCUUCUGGAGCAUCUUCCUCGUCUCAGGCGUGACGGCUGUCGUCAUUGGUGGACUCCUGGUGCUAUGCGCUGCUCCUCUGACCAAUCGUAGCCUUUACAGCGCCGGUGGCGCUCUUCAGAUCUGUGGAGGCGUGUGCCUGCUGGUCGUCAUGGCGAUGUACCUGAUGUGGGUCCAGGUGCUGGAUACCCUGGAGCAGUUCGCCGCCCAUCAGCGCAGCGUCUCCGGCUGCCCGUCCUACCAGCUCAGUGUCCAGCAGGGCCCGUCCUUCCUGCUGGCGCCCGCCGCCGGCUUCCUCUGCCUGCUGGCCGGACUCCUCUUCAUCCUGGUGGGGCGCGGCGUUCAGGGGGUCCGCUCAGACCAAACCAUCCCCGGCCCSUCAGAGACCGAGCUGUGAUGAGCGUGUCCUCUUCAACAAACUCUUUGGGACAAAAAUGAAAUUAUAGCAUMAAUUAAUAACAAUUUAUGCUACAGAUAUUCAGUAAUAACACUUUUUUAAAUCAUCUUAAACCAAAAAGAGAGACAUAAAUYAAAAGAUAUAGACACUUUCGGUUUAAUUUCUAUYGUAGAAAYUUUCUUUAUUGUUUAGAGAAUACUUCUAGAAAAAGGCUCUUGUUCUUUGAAAUGAUUCAGCUUAAAUGCCUGGAAGCUCAAAGAGAAGCCUUCUGCUUUACACUUGUUGAAGUUGUUACUUCAUAUCAGUCUACAUCUGUUUAUUUGAAAUAGGCUGCUGUUUGCUUUUGAUUCUGGUUGACCGUGACACAAACACCACCAUGUUCAACACUYRGACUUCRUUUCUUUUCUCACAAAYUGACAAUUCCAGUCAAAAUGUAAUAUCAGCUUUAGUUUGCCGAACWGAAUCUAACCUGAUUUAUGAUUUGCUGUUGACGUCCAGUGGAAUAACGCAGCUGAACGUCUGAUCUGUUGUUUUUCUAUCUGUCACUCUAAUGUAGCCUGGCAACUACCUUCCUACGCAGYUCCUCUUAAUUCUCAUCKCCCUUCAGUGGUCAGUYGAGGCUUUCUCCCAUUGACCUGAAUUCCUUCGGUAGAUCUUCCUCCUGGCCAACCAGCAAACUGAAGGAGAACUUGUGAACUUCUGCGGCGCUUUAUACUUGUAGUUUCAACGGCGAGUCUAAACUACCCAGCGGAUGAAAUGAAGGAAGUUGUUCAGUCCUUUUCGACCAGAAACUUGGCAAAAGUCUUCGCGGUGGAGGAUGGUUGUUUUCAGUACACRAAUUUCCUGUAGCUUCCUUCUCGGUCAAGCUGGUACACAUGUCUCAGUCAAACAUUGAAAUCAGAUCCAAAAUUUCAACAGUCCAGCAAGCAAACGUUUCUCGGUAUUCAAAACUCCGGACUGUCUGGACGAGGCUAAGUGUAGAACCAAUGGCUGUUUUCUACCCAGCUAUCACCCCUAGCAGUUUUAAUGGAAACCUUGUCAAAUGAAUUUGUUCUUGUUCUCUUUAUUWGUGUUACAACUUGGUAAAGCUGCUACCUGGAUAAUCGGUUGUUCUCUCCAAGCUCAUGUUCCUGUGUUCGUGAUAUGGAAAUAAAUAAAAGGAAGMUGCUAAGCAGAACUAAGGAGACCUUAAAACUAUCCUGUCGCUACUCKGAUCAUCACCCAAAACCAGAAUGACUCAAAAUACCAAACGGAGAACGUCAGAAAUGGAGGUCGCAGUAGAACAGGAAGUUAAUAUAAUGUUGAUGAUGGAGCAACAAAACUAAACAGGAAAUGUUAUUUCAAGACAUUUCCUGUAAUAACUUUUGUUUUUGAAAUGMGUUCAAACAGCAAUGUUGAUAUUUCUCUUAAACUAGUCUGAUUCCUGAACAAAGGAGCCAUAAACAGUCUGUCCACCUUCAACCCAGCCUGCUAGUUGAUGAGCUCCUUCUGCUUGGUUCUCCUCUAAUCUGCUUGAUAGCCCAGAGAAAUGGU